AUGUUCAAAGGUUUAUUCCCUGGUACUGGAUUCGAGCAUUCUGCAUAUGUCUUUGCUAUGGAGUCAAAUCUACUGGACAGUGAUAUCGAUUGCACUGAGGUCGCUUCAGGAGCCCUGGUUAUGAUGGUUCAGCGUGGUCUGUUUUACGCUGAAGCAGAAUUUCGUGCGAUGGCGAACCCCGAUCAUACUCCGUUAUUCGACGAAAAAACGGACACACUUGGUUUGAUUGAAGCAGUAAUGACUGAACCUCCGAUAAGCAAGUUCCGUAUUACCCAGCCUGCGCCAGUUUCGAAUAGCGAAACCACUACUCCAGUGGUUACAUCUCCAUCCCGAAAUAAUGGCACCACCUUAGGAGUUCAUGGGAAAAAGCAGCAAGCUGCUCAACAAGCCUCUACUUUAACCGACGUUACCAUUCCCCGUGCAAGUGCUGGUAGUGAUUCGAAUGGUGUUCGGCAUGCUGAUGUGCUCGAAUUUCCAGAAGAUAAAGUACGAUUUUUAAAGUGUCACAGUAGUGAAGUGUUCAUUUGUGCAUGGAAUCCAGUCGAAGAUCUUAUGGCAUCUGGGUCUGGUGACUCGACGGCUCGAAUUUGGAACUUAGUUGGUUCUGAAAAUCCAGUAACACCGUCCAGGGAAUUCGAGGCACGGACCAAAGUACUUAAGCACUGCACAUCUGGCGAGUCGGAAAAGGCACAGCAACCCUCGAAUAAGGCUUGUAGCUUGAUUGCCAUUAUUCGUUAUGUACAUUAUUCUAUCCACACUAUUACAGGACGACUCCGCUGUACACUUGGAGCCCACAAAGGUCCAAUUUUUGCACUUAAGUGGAAUUCAAAGGGUGACUACAUUCUUUCUGCUGGUGUGGACAAGUCAACGAUAGUAUGGGACGCUGUGAAAGGGCAACAAGUACAACAGUUCCAUUUUCAUUCGGCUUCGGCGCUCGAUGUUGAUUGGAUCACCAAUGACACGUUUGCAUCUUGUUCUACAGAUAAGUCUAUACACGUUAGUCGCCUGGGUUGUGACAAGCCUAUACGGACAUAUCUCGGUCAUCGAAACGAGGUGAACGCAAUAAAGUAUGAUCAACACUCGAAUAGACUUGCCUCAUGCUCUGACGACAUGUCUUUGAAAAUAUGGUCACUGCAGGAAGAUCAACCCGUUUAUGACUGGAAAGCUCAUGAAAAGGAAAUUUACACGAUCCGUUGGAGUCCACUUGGACAUAUGCUGGCUAGGUUAGCGUUCUGUACUGGAAAAUUGCUACAAAGCUACGUUGGUGAGAAACGUAAAGGCGGUAUCUUUGAAGUAAGCUGGAACUGUCGCGGGGAGAAGGUUGCUGCAAGCGCCAGUGAUGGGACGGUAUGUGUAAUUCUUGUGGCAGUUUUAAUUUAUAAACAUCUGAUAAUAUAG